AUGUCCAGCCCAGUCCUGGGAUCCAGAAGAGUGCGUCCAAGGCUCAAGGGUCUAGACCCAAGAUCCUUUUCCAAGUGGAGAUCCCCCAAGUCCUCGGGUAAGAAGGACAUUGGAGGGAGAAAACUUGGCACGAGGGUGCCAAAGGUUAAAUGGUUGCCGAAGGCACAAGGUUGCAUGUCGCAGGGUGAAGUGGCUAGGCACGAGGGUUCUGAAGGUUACACAAAGCUUGCAUGUUUGCAAGGUAAUGUGCUUAGGCACGGGGGUGCCGAAGGCAAAAGGGAUGCCGAAGGUGGCACAAAACUUGCAUGUCACAAGGCAAUGUGA